GCAGAUACUGAUAACUUCAAGUUCGAAAGCCAUAGAUUAAUAGAUAGAAACCAAUUCAAACCCUCAAGCUUGCCUGAUUCCAGAUUACUUAAUACUCAAGGAAGAGUAGGGGAUACUCCAGACUCAAUAGAUCAAGAUUAUGUUCUGAUAUCUGGACCAUCAGUGGAUAUACCAUCAUCUUCAUCUGGUUCUCCUAAGCUUUUCAAUUACCCAUUCAAAUCACAUUCUCCUCCUGUGGAGUUCAUUAAAAGAAACGUAACGAGUCCAACGGCUCCUAUGCCAAUAGCUGGUGCCACUGGCAGGAACAUUGGUCGGUUUGCAAUCUUGGAGAGUCCAAACUCUCUCCCGGGUACUUCCCAUGGGUCUCUGAACCUUGUGGAUGCUUUUGAACAGCCAUCAACUAACAGCUUGACAAGAAUCCGGUCUUUGCAGAAAUGUGCAGCGACGAUUGCAGAGUUGGUUCGUGAAAGGAUUGAAUCAGGUAAACAGUUAGAAGCUUUCUCUAUCCAACUGGUGAUUCUUGCAAUUUGGAAUCAAGCACUGCACAUCUGUCAUACUCAGGCAGCUUCUGGUGUAGAAGGAAGCCUGCGCCAAGAUGGUAACAGGGUAAGAAGAAAUAUUAGCCAAGAAGGAUCAGAGAAAAUAUUGUCUCAGAUUCAGAGAGAGUUUGUCCAGGAGGUUGAGCGUGCUGAAGAACUUGCCAAGUUUGUUGAAUCUGGCAACACAAAGAUGCCGGAUGCAAUGGAGAUAAUAUUCCAAGCAGCUCUUACUCUUGGCAUACGUGGAGGAGUAGAUGAGGUGGUGAUGGGAGAGGCAGAGAACGCAGUAAACCUCUACGCAAAAGCGGUGCGCUUGCUUGUCUUCCUUGUAGUGGAGGCGCAAACGCUGAUUCUAAAUCCACCUUUAACACUCACAAAUUCAGUAAGGUAUCGAAUCAGAACAUAUAUAGAUAACCUCAUAAGCAGAUUAAAACAUCUACAAUCACAUAAAAGAAGUUCAGGUCCUCAGAAACCAUGAGAGGGAGGAACAAACAAAAACCAUCCCACAUGUUUCUCUUGUUUGUGUUUGUUCAGUGUUUGUAAAAGUAACCAUUUGUUUGUACAGCCACAGAAAGAAAAAAAGACCUGAUUCUUGAUUCUUUUGGAUUUUAGUCAAUAUCCAGAGGGAUUUGUAACAUUCUCUUUGUUGUCACGCUGAUCAAUUGUUUCUAUUGUAUGUUGAGAUAUUGGUUCUACAUUAAAAAUCUUAUAAUAUGAGUUUUUCUUCAAAUGAAAUAUA